UUCCAUAACUAUUGAUUAUAAUUUUUUUUUUUUUUAAAUUUUAUAUAUUUUUAGAGGAAUUUUAAAUUUUUACUGGUACCCAUUUUUUUUUUUUUAAAAAAAUAAUAUAAAAAAAAUUCCUGAGCUUUGCUGGUAGUCUGGUACCGACCCUACCUGGUUAACCUGUACACAUUCUGGAAAACCAAGAGGGCAAGACGGAGCAAAAAUUAAAGAGCAAAAGAAAAAGAAAGAAAAGGAAAAGAAGCAUAAGGAAGGGAGUUUGCAACUGGUGGGACUGACAGCGAGAUUGGGACUUGGGAGAGAUAGACGUGGCCCUUUUUCAUUGAAAUUCUUAAAUUUCUUUUUUCACUUAUCCUUAAACAUAAAUUGUGGGGACUUUCGAAUACUCACGUUGUCGGGUUUCUCUCUUAUUUUCAACUCUGUAUGAAACCCUAGUUUCAGGUUGCUCUUGUUAGUGUGGUAUUCUGAGUGUUAUAUCGCAGUUGGUGUUUACCAUAAGGUGAUGGAUCAUCCACGCUCAACCUCUGGGAAUGGUGAGGAUAAUGUCGGAAUUCCAGAUGAUUUGCGUUGCAAGAGAUCAGAUGGGAAACAGUGGAGAUGCACUGCCAUGUCCAUGCCAGAUAAAACGGUAUGUGAGAAGCAUUACAUCCAGGCAAAGAAGAGGGCAGCGAAUUCUGCAAUGAGAGCUAAUUUAAAGAAAGCCAAGAGGAAGUCAAUAGGCGAUAGUGAUAUUUACUUGGAGAGUAAGAGUGAUGAUUUUGAUGAACCACUUGUGAACACAAAAGUUGAGGAUUAUCCUCCAGUCUCAGGGAAAAAGUUGUUUGAGAAGGUAUCAAAAAAUCAGUUUGAGAAGGUAUCAAAAAAUCAGUUUCGCUAUUCGCCUGAGACGCCCCCGAUGAGGAGUUUGCCUGUCCGUAAUCCUCCAAGGACAAAUGAAAAUUUACAAAGAGAUGCUGGACAAUUUGAAGAAAACUGGAGGUCUUAUAAGACACCGACCGCUUCUGCCAUGGAGUCAUCCAAGAACAGAUCACAAAGGAGCUUUGAUGCUAAUGAUGCCACAACGGAAUACUCUGAUGGGAGCCUGAAUUCCUCUGAAGAUGCCGGUGGGCAAACUUGCCACCAGUGCCGAAGGAAUGAUAGAGACAUAGUUAUUUGGUGCCUCAGAUGUGACAAGAGAGGAUAUUGCGAAAACUGUAUCUCCACAUGGUACUCGGAUAUUGCAUUAGAAGAAAUUCAGAGAAUUUGUCCUGCAUGUCGUGGCACUUGUAAUUGCAAAGUGUGCUUACGUUCAGAUAAUUCGAUAAAGGUAAGGAUACGUGAGAUACCUGUGCUAGCCAAGUUGAAAUAUCUCCAUUGCCUAUUAUCUUCGGUGCUUCCUGUAGUUAAGCAAAUCCAUCAUGAGCAGGCCUCUGAAGUAGAACUAGAAAAAAGAUUGCAUGGAAGCGAUAUAGGUCUUGCCAGGGCAAAACUGAAUGCAGAUGAGCAGAUGUGCUGCAAUUUCUGUAGGAUACCCAUUAUAGAUUAUCAUCGGCAUUGUACAACUUGCUCAUAUGAUCUGUGCCUUAGUUGCUGUCAAGAUCUUCGGGAAGCAUCUCCAAGUGGUGUUAAAGUAGAAUCGGUAGAUAAUGAGAUUGAUGGGAAAAGUCAAGAGAAAGCAACUGUGUCAGAGCAAGUGAAAGUAUCCAAACUAAAACUAAUAUUACCAGAUAAGUUUCCUGGUUGGCAAGCCAAUAGUGAUGGCAGUAUUCCAUGUCCCCCAAAGGAGUAUGGUGGCUGUAGUAAUUCAUCACUAAAUUUAAGCCGCAUUUUUAAGAUGAAUUGGGUUGCAAAGCUGGUAAAAAACGUGGAGGAAAUGGUUAGUGGCUGUAGGAUCUAUAAUCCUGGCAGCCCACAAAAGAUUGGGUUGGACGAUCCCAGACUCUGCCAAUAUGCUCAUAGAGAGGACAGUGAUGAUAAUUUCUUGUACAGCCCAACAUCUGAAGGUAUCAAAUCUGAUGGGGUUGGAAAUUUUAGAAAGCACUGGGCAAGGGGUGAACCUGUUAUUGUCAAACAGGUGUUUGAUAGCUCAUCCACUUCAAGCUGGGAUCCAGUGGUUUUAUGGAGAGGGAUAAGGGAGACAACAGAUGAGAAAAUGAAAGAUGAGAACAGAUUAGUGAAGGCCAUAGAUUGCUUAGACUGGUCUGAGGUUGACAUUGAACUUGGUCAGUUCAUAAAAGGAUACUCUGAGGGACGAAUCCAUGAAGAUGGCUGGCCAGAAAUGUUAAAGUUGAAGGAUUGGCCUUCCCCUAGUGCAUCUGAAGAGUUCUUAUUGUACCAGAGACCCGAAUUUAUUAGUAAACUGCCCUUACUUGAGUAUAUCCACUCAAAGUGGGGUCUUCUAAAUGUUGCUGCGAAGUUGCCUCAUUACUCCUUGCAGAAUGAUGUAGGACCUAAAAUUUUUAUUUCUUAUGGGACCUAUGAAGAACUUGGUAGAGGCGAUUCAGUGACCAAUCUCCAUUUCAAUGUGCGUGACAUGGUAUACCUAUUGGUGCAUACAUGUAAUGUGAAGCGAAAGGGUUGGCAGAAGAUGGAGAUUCAAAAGAUACAAAAAUCCUUUAAGGAAUAUGAGGUGAAAGAUUCACUGCAGGAUCCACAAGUAGGUUUGGAUGAGGGGAAGUCAUCUGAUAUAUCACUUGAUGGUCAAGGUGUGCAGAAUGUAUGUGGGGCAAAACUGGACGCAAAUGAAAAUGAGUCGAUGGUGGAUCAAGGGCUUGAAACUAUUGACGUUGAAGAGAAUAAUGUCAAUUGUGAACAAUCCAACAGAGAUGGUGAAGAUGUCUGUGAAAAGACUCAUCCUGGAGUUCUUUGGGAUGUGUUUCGCAGGCAGGAUGUUCCAAAGUUGACUGAAUAUUUGAGAAUUCAUUGGAGGGAAUUUGGGAAGCCUGAUUGUGUAUUAAACCAUAAUGUGAAAAGGCCUCUUUAUGAUGAAACAUUUUUCCUGAAUGAGCAUCAUAAAAGGAAGUUAAAGGAAGAAUUUGGAGUUGAGCCAUGGUUGUUUGAACAGCAUUUGGGGCAGGCUGUAUUUGUCCCUGCUGGGUGCCCUUUCCAAGCGAGAAAUCUUCAGUCCACUGUUCAGCUGGGUCUUGAUUUUGUAUCUCCUGAAAGUCUGGGAGAGGCUGUAAGAUUGGCCGAAGAAAUCCGCUGUCUUCCCAAUGACCACGACGCAAAACUUCAGGUGUUGGAGGUCAGACAAAGGAAAUUUUCCCUAGAAGUAGGAAAAAUAUCACUUUAUGCUGCAAGUUCAGCUAUUAAAGAAGUCCAGAAAUUGGUCCUUGAUCCAAAACUUGGUGCAGAGCUUGGAUUUGAAGAUCCCAAUUUGACUGCAAUGGUUUCUGAGAACUUGGACAAGAUGGUUAAGAGAAGAAGACAGAUAACUUGCGCUUGAAUUUAUGUACAGUAAUUGUAGUUUAGGUAUAGAAGUCCAGUGUUUAAAGAGCUAAUCACAAUUAUAGAUGUGUUGUAUGUAAUUUUCUACUCUCAUGCUUACAAGCUGAUCUCUUUGAUUUCAGACAUGGUGCCUCAAUGAUGCUGCCAUUGUUGUACGUAGUAGAAAAUGAAAAAAAAGUCGACUUUCUCGUUAAA